AUGUAGACGCGAGAAGUUGGCCCGUGGUCGAGUAGUAUUGUUGCCGCUUUUCCGCGUGCGUGAUUGGCCGAUGCGUGCGUGCGGUCGAUACGAUGCGGCGAUCGAGAUCGCGCUGCGAGUUUCGCGUGCGUGUAUGUAUGUAUAUACAUAUGUGUAUGUGUCGUGUGAUGUGACAGCUGGCAUCGGUUGCGCGAGAUAUACCGAUGAAUUUAAAAUAUUCGAGAAGAUAUGAUGGGAUUAGCUAUUGGUGCUCAUGGUGCAAAUAUAUUCAACAAGCGUGAAAAGUUGAUGACAUUACAAAUAUCGUUAGAAGAAAAUUCAUGCAUAUUUAAGAUAUAAUAUAGAGAGACGCAUGAAGCUGUUAAAAAAGACUGAUUUAUGCUGGAAUGCAGCGAUAACCUAGAAAUAAAUAGAUAGAUAGUGACAGUCGUGACCAUCGCCGCGUGAUAGAUAUAGUGAUAUAGUGAAAUAUAUAUUGACGGCAGGGAGCUGAUGCCGAUUUUCUUUAAGAAGGAAGGUGUAUCCAAAAUCGCACACGAACAUUUUAUAUUCAACUAUAUGGUAUACAAUUUUGCCGCUAUAUAUUGACCGCAGGGAGCUGAUACCGAAGAGAUCUUUAAGAAGGAAGGUGUAUCCAAAAUUGCACAUGUAUGGGACUUGUGAGUUAUGCGAAGCAACUGAUACUACUAAGGUUCAUUGGUCAUAUGAAGUUAGCACACGUCAAGCUUGACAUCCUAAAGAUCACAAUGCAUUCUGAAAACGAUACCGUGCAGGUUCGUUGGCGUAUACGUGGUGUCAUCACAGGCUGGAAGGUAUUUUCUGUGUUUUGGAAGAAAAAUUUGGAAAAUACAACAUGUCAUAAAAUAAGCGCUAACCAGAAAAUAUGGUACGACGGCUUUUUUACGUUAAUGCUGAAUGGAAAAGUCUAUAAGCAUAUUGCGGACAAAAUGAUGCCCAAUCAGGAUACAGCCACGAAAAAGAAAGAUAUGCGCAUGGCAGGGAAAUUAGCGCUAUUCACAGGCCUUGUAAGCAUAUUUAGUAACGACGAGGAUUCAUUGAGUUAAGCUCUGUCUUGAAAUCGCAUCAAUUGAAGUGAAUCCACUGCUGAGUGCUGAAAUUAUACGAUUUUAUCCGUCACAACGAAUAGACCAAGAAGA